AUGGAUGAGUUCCUCGCAACAGUUGGCGUUCAAGCCAUGAGAUAUGCCAUCCGCUCUGGCAUCGCCUUAACAUCAUCCUACGCCAUCGGUCAAUGUUCGCGAUUGCUCAAGUCGGUCGAGGACAAGGCAGUCCAUGCUGAGCUCAAGUCCUUGCGGAACCUGCUCGACAACAAAAUAAAGAUUAUCUCACCCGCCAUUGACUUGAUUGAGUUCAAGUCAGGACGAGGAAAUAUAUUCCUCGAAUCAGCUGCUCCUCUUGCGAAGUCGCUUCAUAAGGACAUCGUCUCGCUCGGGCGUCGCAUAGAGGCGGCGACUACUGUCGAUUCAAGCAGUAAUCAUAUUCGACUGAAGACAUCGCCGGUCAGUCGUGAUGACUUGCUACUCAUCGCUGCUGGGAUAAAGGCCCUACUAGAGCGAAUAGAUCGCGAGAUUCCGCUCUUGCAGUUGGCCAUUACUGCGUCUGGAGAGAGCCUCUCAACAUCAUUACCCGCCGGCAUCUCACCAUCAAGACUACUACAAGCUAGCACUCUGCUCACCGUUGGUGACACACAGUUUGCUCAAGAUCCAACAAGACCAGUGCAGAUUGGACCAGCUUUCACCCUUUCGCUAUACAUGUUGUUCCUUGGCCACGCCUCUACCUUGAUGCCACACGGUGCACCUGAAGUUACAGAUACCACAGUCAUCGCCAACAAUCACUCCUCGAACUCGUCUAGCGCCGGUACAAGCUACGGCUUGGGGGAAGGGGAACGGAAGCCACUAUGGCAAGAGGUACUGCACAAGGCACGUGUACGCAUCUGCAGAACUCGCAAAGAUUUUCACUUCGAUAGUCAAAGAGGCUAUUGCGCUGUACCGUUAGAAGAAUAUGCCCUUCCGCCCACUGAAGCGACUGGCGGCGGAGAAUAUGCCUACCACCUGGAGAUUAUUGAAGACCUAGAUGACAGCCGCGUCCAUGACGACGAGCGUGAUAUUCAGUCAUAUGAUGACAUCCCGCACGCAGGCAUCCGCGAGUCGAUACCGGUGCAUCAAUUAUCAAAAAUCUUCUAUACAGACACAGGAAGGAUUUUAAAUAUAGGCUCAGCUACAGACAGCGAGCAAAGGCCAGUCCUUCUCUUGAAGAGGGACACUCAAGCUGGGCUGGACAGAUCAGAGGAUGGUCACAUCAACGGGCUCAUCGAGGAAAUCGACAGAGAAAGCAGUGAUUCGAUUUUGGAGUUAGACGGCACAGAAGACGAACAGGCGGAUAUCGAUAAACAACUGCUGGACGAAGUUGUCCGUCCCGCGGUCGACGAUCCAAACAUCGCUGUGGCUCACUCGAAUGACUAUUACAAGUGGAAAUUUCCUGCGCAUCUUGAUCCCGAGUGGAUUGCUCUCGAAGUAUAUGAGGAGCAGGAUGACGAUGACCCAGAUGAAGACGACGACAACGACUCCUUGGAUUCAGCCGGACUAGAUCGACCAACGGAUACAUUGAAGCCAAGUACUCCUCGAGACAGAAGACCCCUUGAUUCGAGAGUGGUCGAUCAAAUCAAAGGGCUGUCGCUAGGUAGUCCGGAGAAAACGCGCUCUUUGCAAGCAGCCAUGUCAUCGCCGACUGAGACAGAAAACUUUGUCUCUCGGUCACCAUUUGGAGCAAUCACAACAUCAUUAUCCUUGAUGGAGAUGCUGAUACGGCUGGCUAGUCUCCAGGAAUUUCAGCAAACGUCUCAUCUGGCUAUUCCCGACCACAUCUUGACGUUUUUCCUAGAGGAGACAUCAACUACAGGGUUGGUUGGGGAGACACAAUGGCGAGCUCGAAGCGAGGCUAAACGGCGUAUGGGAUUUGAUCCUUAUACUGAUGAUCCAGCAAGGUAG